AUGACAAAGAAACGUGCGAGAAUAACUAAUCCAGAGCCGUUCUUGGCAGAUGACUCCAAGUCUCUCUCCGCCGCCUCCUCCAAGAAACGCUCCAAGCCUCCCAAGCCACACCAGCUUGAGCAGAAGCUAGUGCCCUCGGGCAUGAGCUCGAAGAUUUUGAAGGAAGCCUUGUCUCAGCAGAAGGAAAUUCAAGAGGAAGAGGAGAAGCAGAACCCGAGUAAUUUAGUAUUUUCCGAGGAGAAUGGAAUUAAAGACAAUGAUUAUGAGGAGGAAGAUAUUGACGACUUCGGAGGAUUUUCUGAAACGCAGAGUCAAUUUGGACAAUGGGAUUUAGAGGUUCUCUCUUGA